GCAAUUCUGGGAUUCUGUGACCAUGACUGGUGUGACACCAGCUUUUUUGGUGUUCACAGGAGAGACUUUUCCACACCUCCUCACCCUGGAGACAGGACUCGUGUGCUGGAAGAGCGUUUAGCGGUUAUCAGCCAGGAGAGGACCACGGCUUUCCUCCUCCAUCAAGCUUUCCAAAUCAAAGACGACCUCAUCUCCUACCUCCAGGGAAGCAAAGGUUAUCAGCAUGGGGAGAGCUCUGCCCGGAGGCUGCUGGAAAACCACAUCCAGACCAUUACCAGCAUCGUUAAAAAGCUCAGCCAGGACAUUGAGGUUUUGGAGAGGCAGAUAAGAGCAAGAGAUGGUGCCACAGUAGAAACUAAUUUUGCUGUUCGAAGUCUGGACCAUAAAUACAUCCAUGGUCUUGGAGACCUGCGUGGGAGAGUGGCAAGAUGCGAGGCGAGCAUCGCCAAGCUGUCGGGAGACAUCAGCAUCCUCAGGUGUGAGGCCCAGAGGGCUGAGAAAGAGAUCUGUGGCCUUCACUCUGCCCUCAAAAGUUGUGUGAGUGAUUUUGAGAAGAAGGUAAUGCAGCUAUUAGGCAAGAUAGAGACUUCCAACUCUGACCAAAGCUCGAAUUUAAAGACAGUCCAGGGAGAUCAGCAUCACGAACUGCAACUUCUGGAUUUCAAGUUGACAACUAUUGUAAGUGACUUCAGGGAUCAGAUACAGACUCAUCGGAAAUGGACAGAAGUGCAGCUGACACGGACUGAAGAAGAUCAAGCUCAGCACAGGCAUCAGCUGCUUAACUUGGUGAAGGAGAGACUGGAAAGAGCAGAAAAAAGAGUAGAAGAAAAGCUCCUCCUUCUGUCACUGAAGCUGGAACAAAUGGAUAAACCGCAGAAAUACGAAAAACAGUUGAACCAGAUGAAAAGAGAGGAAAAAAACCUGCAUGCAAGAAUGACUGGGUUUGAAAAAGAGAUCUGGAAUGAGCUUGAGGAAAUCCAGAACGAAUACAGAUCAG